AUGAGAUACUCAAACAUUAACAAAAAAAGGUAAGCUUUAUUAUAAAUUUAUAUAAAAAUGAUUGAAAAAUUUAUGCUUUUUUAGAUUAUUGAUUUGCAAAGUUAAAAAAUCUAAAAUAGAGCAGUAGCAAACAAGCAAGCAAGCAAGUCAUCAAUAAAAUCAAACCAAUCUAUAUAGACAAAGGAAGAGAGAAAAAAAAUAAUGAAAAAAAGUUUGGAAAACAAAGGAAAUGAUAAAGAAAGAAACCAAAUAAUUUGUAAUUUUGAAUUGAUCUAUGAUGUAUUUCAUAAGAGAAUGAAAAUUAAUUAAGAUGAAUGCAAAGGGAAGGAAAUAAUUAUAAUAAUAUUGGUUAAGUGA